UUCUCGUCCGUCUUUGAUAUUGGGCACAAAUUCAGUUCUUUAAGCUUUUCUUAACCUUCUCCAGCAAGCUAGUACGAUGUAGACGCACAUUAAAGUUCCAGUCAGGUCAAACAUCAAAAUGUCUAAUGAACCUUUUAACCUUAUCGAGGGAAGGGUUGUAACUUGUUUCUUCUGAGACAAUCCACCCCACGAGAAUCCUUGUCUGGAUGCAGAUAUUCGGUUCGUCUCCAUGCAUCCUGCACCACGUUUCACACAGCAGCAGAGUGCCCAAAAUGGCAAACAUGCAUCAUGGAGCAGGUUGCUUUCUCAUGCAGAGUAGAUUGUCGAGAGCACCACAUUUAUGUAUAGCCCGUCCACUGUUUCUCUGUAGCCACGUUCUCUCCAAUCUAUUCGUGACUUCCAUCAUUCGGUAUUGAAGAUCUCAUUCUAUCCUGUAUCUGUACCUCUCCAUAGGGAAAUUUAUUCCUGGAUUCGAGAAAUCGGCAGAAAGGCAUCGCCAUGACUAUCCCUACUUUGAAAUUGAACACCGGUGCCCCAAUACCGGCUUUGGGAUUUGGUACUUUUCACAAUGAAGGAUCCCCAGGGAAGUGCCACGAUGCUGUACUUUGGGCUCUACAAUCAGGUUAUCGCCAUCUAGAUUGUGCUUGGUAUUACAAAAAUGAAGCAGAGGUUGGGUCUGGCUUGCGUGAAUUCUUGUCCAGUAACCCAGGUGUCAAGCGUGCCGAUAUCUUCAUCACCACGAAAGUGUGGCCUCAUUUGUGCGGUUCCCCUGAAGAUGUCGAGUGGAGUCUGAAUUACAGUUUAGAGAAACUAGGUGUCGAUUAUGUGGAUUCUUUCUUGAUGCAUUGGCCAUUCGCCGCGGAGAGGACCGAAGACUAUGAAGUCAAGAUCGGAGAUGAUGGAAAGUACAUCAUCAAUAAAGAAGUCACGGCUAACUUGGAACCUAUCUGGCGAAGAUUUGAAGUUCUCAACAGAGCUGGCAAGGCCAAAGCCAUCGGAGUAUCCAAUUUUACCAUCUCAAACCUGGAAGCUCUCCUUGAGUACGCGGAUAUUCCUCCCGCCAUCAAUCAAGUCGAGACUCAUCCCGUCUGGCCUAACACUAAGCUAAUCAACUACUGCUUUGCAAAGAACAUCCUUCCCGUGGCAUAUUCGCCACUGGGAUCCCAGAGCCAAGUUCCCACUACAGGCAAAACUGUUAUCCAAAACUCUGAACUCAUCUCAAUCGCCGAGAAGAAGGGUGUUAGUAUAGGUCAGAUAUUGAUUGCCUGGGGUAUCAAACGAGGAUACGUGGUCCUUCCCAUGAGUUCGAAUGAGGGGAGAAUCAAAACCAAUGGAACCUUAGUCGACUUGACUGAAGAGGAGUUCGAAAGCAUGAAUAAAGUUUCUGAGGGCAAAGAAACAAGGUUCGUGGAUUUGAGAAACACCUUCGGGUGGGAGGUAUUCGGGGAUGAGUAAGGAGAUAGCCAAGCAGACAAUUGGCCGUGGCAUGGUGUCCGCUCGUAUCGUUCGAUUCCGCGUAGCGCAAAGCAUCAUUCUCAUAUUCGUUGAAAUUACGAUGCGUAUACUCAUAUACGUGAAGCAAGUACUGCGAAAUAAGCUGAUCUGACCUCUCGUGAUGUUCUCAAGUGCAUAUGCUAUUUGGCUGUCUCUUAACUCUGCAUUAUUAGUUAUCAUUAGCGCUCUAUGGCACAGUCACCACUAAUGUACAUAUCAUAUUAUAUUCAUCAUAUCACAUUAUCUCUCCCAAAGUUAAGAAAAUUCUUCAAAUCCUAAUCUUAUCUCAUCUCGCCGAGUUUUCUGCAUCAGCAUUUACUGUCUUGCCAAACUCUUACCUGC